UGUUAGAGUGCUCCAAAUUCUUGUAAAUUAAUGACGUUUGACUAAACUGAAGACAACAACUUAAACGUUUAUGGCGACGCGAUUUCGUCUAAUUUAAAAAGUUAUUUAUUGGUACACUUCUGUGUCUAGAAUACAAAGUUAUUUGACAGACUUGUUUCACUACUUAAGUUAAUGGGGGACGAAUCUUUAAUGAGAUAUAAGGCGAACUCCACUGCUUAUGCACAUUCCAGACUAACAUAAGUGAUUUUAAGUAAAUUUUAGAUUCGCCGAUUUGAAAUGGAUGAUAAAUUACUCAGAGAAAAAAAGCUUUCGUGGAUGCAACGACGAACUAAAAUUGAAAAAUGUUUGUUUGUUCUUACCGGGCUUGGUGUUGUUGUAAUCAUCUACUUGGCGUCAAACUUACUAAUGACGUUUCCUCAAACCAGAGAGAAUCUUCAGCAAGACGUGUGCUUGACGGAAAAAUGUAUUCUUUCGGCAGCAGACAUAAUAAAGAAUCUUGACGAAACUGUUGAUCCGUGCGAUGAUUUUUAUAACUUUGUGUGUGGUAACUUUGUUAAAAACGCCAUAAUCCCUGUUGGUGAAAAUAGCGUUUCUUCCAUUACCGACCUCAGUGAUAAAGUAACUCUACAAUUCUACAACAUUUUGCAACAGCCUAAACGAGAUGACGAACCAUAUUCUUUAAAAAUACUCAAAGCAGUGUAUAAUUCUUGUAUGAACAAGAAACAAAUUGAAGAAGAGGGACUGACUUAUUUGAAAAAUGAGUUUAAGAACCUUGGUGGUUGGCCUGUUGUAGAACCCUACUGGAAUGAAAAAAAUUUUGAUUGGACAAGUCUUUUGUCUCGUCUUAGGGAAGGUGAAUGGAUCAGCUCUUUUUUCUUUUACGCGAAUGAGCGUAUUGAUCACAAAAAUUCGUCCAGACUCAUAUAUAGUAUUGGUCAACCUUAUUUGUCUGAAGCACUAAAGAAAGGGUUUAAUGAUACUGCAGUCAGAGCUAUGUACCACCGCAUGGUGGAAUUUGCUGUUCUUUUCGGAGCUGACAGAGCAACUGCAAUUUCUGACAUGAAAAAUGUUAUUGAUUUUCAAAUAGAAUUUGCAAAGCUGAUAGGUCCACAUGUGGCGCCAAAAAAUAAAUCUUUGAACUAUAAUCCUACAAUUCGAGAAUUACAGAAAAUGUACCCGAGUUUCCCGUGGUUGAAGUUAAUCAACAAUUACUUGUCUCCGAUAGCUACGUUGACAUCGGAUGAUGUAAUCCAUGUGCAGCAACCGGAGUUUUUCGAAAGAUUAGAAAACUUUCUACCUAAAAUUAAAAAGAGAACUCUAGCAAACUAUAUGUUUUCAACUGUUCUUGGACAAUUCGUUAACUAUUUACCAGAAGAAUUUGAAAGAAAAGACUUGAAAUAUCUGAAAGACAUUUAUGGACGAUACAACUCACGUCCGAGGUGGAGUUAUUGCGUGUGGGAAUCAACGAGGUUGCACGUUGCUAUGUCUUACGUGCAUAUCAAGCAUUUAUUCGAUAAACGUAUUAAACAUAAAGUGACUGAGUUAAUAGCAGACGUUAAGAAUUCAUUUUUCGAGACUUUGAAAAGUGUGGACUGGAUGGAUCGCGAGACGAAAAAUCGCGCUAUAAUUAAAGCGGAGCAAAUGCAUACUUUUAUAGGUUAUCCCGAAGAACUUCUGGAUGACAAUAACGUGAAAAACUAUUAUCGAGGGUUGGAGUUAGAUGGUGACGAAUAUUUUUGGAAGGUCCAUGUUAAUUUGACAAAAUUUGCUAAUAUGAAGUACGUUCAAAAGCUGCGUAAACCCGUAAGAAAAGAUUUUUGGGGAGAGAACGCUUAUACUUUUGGAUUUAAAGCGUAUUAUAAACAAACCGAAAACACACUUGAAGUGCCUGCUGCUGUGCUUCAGGAUUAUCUCUUCGAUCCUGAUAGACCCCAAUACUUGAACUACGGAGCAAUAGGGAAAAUAAUUGGCCAUGAAAUCACUCACGGGUUUGAUAAUGGUGGUAGGCACUUUGAUAAAGACGGUAAUUUGAGUGACUGGUGGAAGUCGGAAACUAAACAAGCCUUUGCGAGGAAAAGCCAGUGUUUUCUAGACCAAUACAGCAAUUGCACAGUUCCUGACUUAGGAAUUAAUUUAAAUGGCGUUAACACUUUAGCUGAAAAUAUCGCCGACAACGGUGGAAUUGAAAUUGCAUACAGAGGAUAUCUGAAAUGGUUGGAAAGGAAUAGAGUUGAACCCUCUCUUCCGGGGCUUCGGUACACACCACGUCAGCUUUUCUGGAUUUCUUCAGCUACCAAUUGGUGCGUUAAACGGAAGAAAGAAGCUUUAAAGAAUUUCGUUACUGGGAAUACUCAUUCUCCUAGAUACUUUCGAGUAAUGGUGCCUUCCAUGAAUUCGGAACAUUUUGGAAGGGAUUUCAACUGUCCGCUGGGUUCGCCGAUGAAUCCUAAAUAUAAGUGUCGUAUGUGGUGAAGUUCUUUAUUUGGUAAAAAACUAUGUUAGGAAUGUAUCAAACUUUUGUAAGAAAUGUGUUCAUUAAAAUCCAAGGUGUUUUA